GCCUCUCACAGCACAAGCUUGGAGCUUCUCGAAAUACCCGGGGUGCCAUAGAGGGCACUUCGAAGAAACGCCCUCGCGACCACCUGCCGCGUCCAGACCCUACCAGUUUUCCACCUCUGGCAAAAGUCUGUGUCUGUGCCGCGUUACCUCCUCGAGACGAGCACGGCCUGCCGGUGACCGCUCGCGGCCGCGAGGUGUAUCGCCUGCACGCCGCCGGAGCUCUGGGCGUCGACGCGGGCGGAGCACCACAGCAGGAGCCGAGCGGCGUCCGCGUGGCCCGCGCGGGCGGCCCAGUGCAGCGCCUGCCACCUUCCUGCAUGCGCGCUUCCAUGCACGCCUUGCGCCUGGCCAGCAGAGAGAGGACCUCGCAGUGGCCCGAGCGCGCUGCGAAGUGGACCAGCCCGGCCUCCCCGCUUGCCCGCUGCCCCGCCGUCAGAUCGGCACAGGCCCGCCGGUCCAGCAGGAGGCUGACAACCCCGUGGCGGCCGGCAUCUGCAGCCCAGUGGACUGCGUGCAUCCCGUGCUCGUCUGGCGCGUUCAGCGGGACUCCGAAGUGGUCCAGCAGGAAGGCCGCCGCCUCGCCGUGCCCAGCGCCGCAGGCCCAGUGGAUCGGCUGCGCCGCCGCGGCGGAGGCGCCGGUGCCCGGCGCAGCGAGCUCGCGGUGCCCGAGCAGGAGCGCCAGGACCUCCAGGUGCCCCUCCGAGGC